AUGUCUUUUCGCAAGCGUAAUGUCGUCAUUGGAGCUGCCGGGUCUUCAUCUCCCAUCAUUCGACAAGAGAAGUCUCUUGCACCCGGAACAAGACCAUCUCCAUUAGAUGGACGUUUGACAACCUCCACAGGCACGCAGUCUUUGGAUCAGCUCUUGUCAGGUCAUGCUGGAAUGCCAAUGGGCACUUCCUUGCUCGUUGAAGAGACAGGAACUACGGACUUUGGAGGAGUACUUUUACGAUACUAUGCCGCCGAAGGACUUGCCCAAGGACAUCAAGUUCACCUCUUGGGAUUUGGCGAUGCUUGGAGAAGAGAGCUUCCUGGUCUUGGCAGUCCUGAUGGCUCUAAGAAGAGCAGCAAGCCAACCUCAUUAUCAGAUGAAAAGAUGAAGAUUGCUUGGCGCUACGAGACACUCGGACAGCGCAAUGUUCCAGUCAGAGAUGCCCAAGCACCAACAACUCCCGGACAGACACCGAGCACGUUUUGUCAUGGCUUCGACCUGACCAAACGUCUUGAAAACAGUGCCAUCAAGGGUCAGCUUCACACAACCCCAGUGGAAGGUCCCAUGGCAUCUCCAACAAACACGCCUUUCCACAAGUUCAUUGCCGAUGUGACCUCCAAAAUCAAGAACUCGCCACCUUCUACAGUUCAUCGAAUCGUGGUACCCAGCCUCCUCUCGCCUACACUGUAUAAUUCUGCUGCCAGUCAACCCAAAGAGGUCCUCAAGUUCCUCCAUGCUUUGAGAGCACUCCUUCGACAGUACUCAACCCAGGUCACGGCAUUUGUGACUAUUCCAGUUACUUUGUUCCCUCGCUCUACGGGACUAACGCGGUGGAUGGAGUUACUAUCCGAUGGAGUUCUCGAGUUGAUUCCUCUGCAACACCAAGCUCCAGUUGUGCGGGAGCCCGGCAACGAAGACAAGGGCCAAGGACUACUACGUGCUCAUAGCUUACCCGUGUUCCACGAAAAGGGAGGCGGUCUGGAAGGUACCUGGAACAGGGAAAACUUAUCUUUCAAGCUGAGCAGUUCCAGUGGGUUGGUAAUUACACCCUUUAGUCUACCACCGAUUGGAGACGAGGAAGAGCCAAAUACCAUGGCUUCUCUAGGCCCAGCCCCUGUUCGGAUAUCCAAGAUCGCUGGGCGAUAUCUCAUCUUUGAUUCUGAAGCAGCUGCGUUCUUGCGUCGGAAUGAGAAUAUCAACGGUACUCUAGCCGGAACGGCGCCUCAGCAACCGACUCAGAAUAUCUUUCUCGGUCUUCCAAUUGAACUCCGGCCGGAGGAGGCUGAAGCGUUAUUGCAUAAGAAUGUGGCUUAUCUUGUAGACGACGUAGCUGCCCACCACCAUGUUCUCCAGAAUCACAACGCCGAGGCGAGGAAGUUAUACCUCGACUCGCUUAGGACAAGAAAGCAGACAGCACAACAGGUUAUUGCUGAAAAGAAUGCCAAGAGGGUUGCUGAAGGAGCAUUGAAGCGUGGGAAAUCCCGCCGUGUGCCUCCUAGCAAUGCAGACGACGACACCAUCACUAGUGAAACUAAGCCCGCCGUACAUCAGCAGGAAUCUGCCCUCAAAUCCCUGGGCGUCACCCCAACAUCCAGUGGGUCGCUGAUUUCUUCAGAAGCUGAACGGACAUACCAGGCCACUAACCCUACGCAAGGCCCUUUGUGUGGCUUUCUACUUACUUCUGGUCACUACACGACUCCCGGUCUUCGCUUUGGUGCCAAGUAUAGUGUUUACCCAGGCGAUCCCUUGAGGUUUCAUGCCCAUUUCAUGGCAAACCAGUAUGAAUGGGAAGAAGAUAUUCCCGUCUUGGAUAUCGUAGCAGGAGGCCGUCUCGCCACAGCUGUGAAGAAGGCGUAUCUGAUAGGGGCACAACAGCCACUAGCGAAUGGAUCACGGGAUGACCAAGAGAUGAGAACCUUUAGUAUCGAAUGGGCUGCAAUGUAA